AUGUCCCCACACUUAAGUGAGCCCCUUGAAGCGACGAAAGGAGGUAUGGAGAUUCCAGAUUCUGUCCGCAAUCUGCCAGCGCACAUGCUCACGCCUGUUGCUGGUUCCGACUUCACUUCCUUGUCAGUCCCACUGAAACCAGCAAGCACAGAUUCUGGACAGAUGGAAGGAGGAACAGCAGCAGUGCAAAGUGUGGCGACAGCCGCUUGCAAUCCUGCUUCUCCUGCAUCCACAAUUCCUGCGACAAACGCUUUCAUUCCUGCUGACCCUUCGUCCACAAUUGCUGCUACAGACGCUGGUGUUUCUGCUGCUCCUGCAUCCACAUUCGUGGCUACAGAUGCUGACAUUCCUGCUGCUCCUGCAUCCGCAUUUGUCGCUACAUCAGGGGAUGCUUUCAGAAGCCUGGGAGAUUCAGAGCAGGGAAGGCCUGGGGUUGCUCAAGACAACAGCACCUGCCGCAUGUUGGGACUUGAGCGUGGGGAGGGCGGUGGCGAAGGGAGUGAGGCAGUGGUUUCUGUGCUGCAGCAGCAGCAGCAGCAGCAGCAGCAGCAGCAGCAGCAGCAGCAGCAGCAGCAGCAGCAGCAGCAGCAGCAGCAGCAGCAGCAGCAGCAGCAGAAGCGGCAGCAGCACCAGAAGCAGCAGCAGCAACAGCAGCAGCAGCUGAGGCAUACACGGAGGGAUUGGGGCCAGCAGCCUACCUUCCUGCCGUCUUAUGAAAUGUUCAUGCUGUUUGGGCUCCGAGGCUUGGUGCAGCAGCUAGAGUUGGAACAGCAGCCAGGCCUCGAGCAGCAGCUAGGCUUGGCAGAGCAGGCAGUUUUGGUGCAGCAGCCAGGGUCGGAACAGCAGCCAGGCUCGGUGCAACAGCCAGGCUCGGAGCAGCAGCCAGGCUCGGUGAAGCAGCCAGGCUCGGUGCAGCAGCCAGGCUCACAGAUCAUGAACAGCAGAUGGAUAGGCCUGGCAUCAUGGCCAUGUCUGCAGCAACCGGUGGUGAUGCCUUUCAGAGGGGGGGGGUCCUGGCACGAAUGCAGGGAGUUGUCCAAGGGAGAGAAAGCUCGAGCAGAGGGGAAAGAAGGAGUGGCGGGAGCGUUGGGAUGGGGAGUGGGGCAGGGAGUGGCGGAGUGGGUAGGAUUGAAGUUCAGGAUGCAAGUACGAGUGUGUGGGGGAGUGAUGGUGAGAUUGGGAGUGAGAGGGGUAGUGAGAGGGGAAGUGAGAGGGGGAAUGAGAGGGGGAGUGGGAGCAGAAUUCAAGGCUCCAUUGGCGGCAGCAGCAGCAGCUCAUUGA